GUACCGCGACAUUACAGACCAACGUGGUUAAUUCAGUAUUGGUUUUGUCAGUUCGCGUUCUGGUCUUCAAAUGCAGUUAAGCGUUUGCAAUCUGAUAUUUAGGAUUCUUAUCAAUAUGGAAUUAAAAUGUCUCGAUAUUUGACAAUUGUUUUGCGGCUUAAAGGGCUCUACUGAAAGCCCCAGUAUGAGGUUAUUCAAUUAUGCUUCUAAGCACAGGCUGCUGUUUAUUAGGACGUGGAAAUUUAACUGGGCUUUGGACUCCCAUUUUGCUUACCAUGAGGACAACAGAGUGAAUAACACCAGAAGAUCCAGCAAAUCUAAAUUGUCAGGAGGAAGGUACCCAGAUGAGAAAGCAUCACCAAAUAAACUUCGGAAUCCAAGACGAAUGUCAUCAGAGCUUCAGAAGCUGGCUCUGGAGGACUUGUCAGACAGGGAGAGGACUACGGAGAGGACUACAAGACUCAAACCAUCCUUUGAGUCUUUCGACCAGGAUGAAAUUGUCUUUGGCGUCGCUCCUUGUCUCCUGGCUCUCACUCAGGCUCGCCGGAAGGCCUUGAAGCUGUUUGUGAAAGAUGGUGACAUCUCGCACAGGUCAUUGCUUCUCAAGGUUUGUGAGGAAGCUCACCAGCGACGAGUUCCCAUCCAGCGGGUCAAUAAGAAAGACCUGGAUCGGAUGGUUUUAAGUCGGGUUCAUCAAGGAGUUUGUUUGCGAGCCACUCCACUGAGCUACCUGACCGAAGACUCAGGCCAGAGUUCAAAGUCCACGCCUCUCUGGCUUGUCCUGGAUGGGAUUCAAGACCCGAUGAAUCUCGGGGCCAUCUUGCGCUCUGCGUAUUUCCUCGGCGUGGACCGGGUGGCCAGCAGCGUCCGGCACAGCUGCCCUUUGACGCCGGUGGUCAGCAAGGCCAGUGCCGGCAUCAUGGAAGUGAUGGGCGUGUACGGGUACGAAGACCUGGAGGACAUGGUCAAGGUCAAGGCGGCACGAGGCUGGCAAGUGGUCGGCACAGUGGGGGCCGAGGCGCCGGAAUCUGAGCGCAUUCCCGUUAUGCCAUGUUCGGACUUUCGCUUGACCAUGCCCACGCUGCUGCUGAUUGGAGGGGAGGGUGAGGGAUUGUCCCGGAAGCUUUUGGCUUUGUGUCAGACGCUUGUUACCAUUCCAGCCGGGAGACAGCUUCUACCUGGCGUAGAGUCACUCAAUGUGUCUGUGGCCACCGGUAUCCUGUUGCACACGCUGCUUGCCUCUACCAGGUCCACAUGACGCUCCGAAGUUUGAACUGGGCCAAUGAAAUGUACAACAGGGCGGGGUGGGCAAACUUUUGUGCUCAAGGGCCGGUUCAAGUAUUCAAGCUUUACCAUUUGACUCCAGGUUCAGUUGACUAUUUUCAAUGGAGGUGCCCCUUGCGAGGGUUGUCAUUUUGCAUUUAAGUGUUAGGCUGCUUGACUUGUUUAAUAAAG